AUGCCUUCAGGUGCGGAGAGUUGCGAUGAGGAUGUGUUUGAAAUUGAAGAUUUCACUAUUGUUACAAUCAAAGAAGGUUUGUGUGCUGAAUUGGAACAAUUACUACGUAAAUGGGAGCUUACUGGUGACAACGGCAACAAUUAUUCCUUUACAAAGACAGCAUUAGCGGAAUGUCAAUGGGAUUCGAAGUAUGAAAAGAUUACAUACGGAAACAAUCAUUUGAUUGUUACCUAUUACUGGCCAAAAAAUCUUCAACGAAUUGAACGAACAAUGAACUCAGAUGUAAUUAAUGCGGACGUUUCGGAUUCUUUUUUAAGUAAUGCUGCGCGACUGUUCUGGUCAUCUGAGACAGACUUUUGUCCAGGAUCCAUUAUUUGCAAUCAGUUCGGGGUCCUCGAAUUUAUUUUACUGACACCAUCUGACUGGCAUUUAGACAAAGUAUCGAAUGAAGACCAGCUGCGAGGGUUAUUGUCAUCCAUCACGGAAUCUGUUGGAAAAGCUGGAUGGUAUGGUUUUGAUACUACACAUCUUGCUUUACCAAUAUUUGUACAAUAUGGUGAAAGAGAACGACAACUCUAUUUCGGUGUCUGUCAAAAUAAUUCCAUGCGCACUAAUUUUGAAUCAGUUCACCAACGUCGAGGCCAUCCGUUAAGAUGUCAUUUAUCGGGAUGUUUAGACAUUUUUAGGGAAACAUUGCAGUCUUCCUUAAUGGAUGAAGCGAGUCUACGGAUAUCUAUGCAGUUCGAUUAUAUACUUCAGGAUAAGCCCUGUUAUUCACUUCCUGAGAAAAUUUUGACAGAAGAAAAAUUGGAACCAGCAAAAGAUGCAAGCAUUAUUGAUAUUUCUCAUCUUCCGUUUGGUGCUACUACAGAUGCAAUUGAGGAAUUUGGCUUAUCAGCGAUUUGGUCAAACAUCGAAAGAGGUAUUGCUGUGGAAGAACAGAACCUCUCCAAUUUAGACCCCCAGAGAGCCUCAGGAUGGAGUGCAUGGGUUUCAAUACACAAGAAUGCGUCAUAUCUAAUGAGUUCUUGCUUGAAAAAAUUGAUAGAAACUGCUGAGUCUCAAGAAGGCUCAAGUUUGGUUCUUCAAAAAUUAGAGCAUUCAAGGCAGGAUGCAAGUCGAGCAUUGUCUUCAUUGUUAUCUCCAACAGUGCCAGAAAAUAUUUCAAUCAGAAGCACAGACCGCAUAACAAAUGAAAACUAUUUAGAACCUGAUAUUAUUCGACAUUGGAUUGAUAAAAUGUUUGAAAGAACAAAGCGAGAACACACUUUGUCGAGCUAUAACAUUUCAUGCAAUAUGGAUGUUGAAUCGGCGUGCUCGAUGGGAAAAACAUCGAGUGGUGGUCCAGGUAGUGCUGUUAAAAGUGUACAGUACUCAAAAGCAUGCAAUGAUGAAGACAUAAAAGAGGACGGAAACACAGUGGACAUUUAUCGAAAACUUAGCGAUAUAUUAGCCACAUGUAAAUCGGCUCCAGAAUCCAGUUUGACUUGUCGCAUUUCUACUGCACUUGCCCAAAUAUUGUGUUCUGAGUACUACUCAUCGGUUGGAUUUUCUCAUUUGUGGUCUACUAUUACGUAUGAAUUGCAGGAAUAUUACGAAAAAAAUUUAUAUGUUCCUGGACUAGAUGAAUCUCUAGCUCCAGACUUGUCUACCUGUAAAUUUCACCAGAAUCUACAGCUUUUACAAUGUGCAAUUAGAGCUAAAAAACGACGUGAAUCAAAGUGGCAGUUCUAAGAAGAUGAAUUUUUUGAUGCAUUAGAAUCGUUAGAAGAAAUGUCAAGAGAAGAACCAGAUUCUUCAGGAGCAGAAGGGCGCUUGAAACCUUGUGGCACGUUACGACUCUUUCACUUUCCCGACAGGCUAAUAUAUGAGCCUGUUACACAGAGUCGUGUUCCAAUAACCGAGGAUAUGCUUGAGAGGCAUACUGAAUAUUUAGCUUCAUUAAACGAUCCUGAAGAACGAGUCAAAGCACAAUUGGAACCGCUUUUUUCAGACAUGGAAGCUUUUAAAGCGAAGGCAAGCUUUAAAUUUGGUGUUUUGCUUACACUUGUGUCUAUAAUUUUUUGGAUUGUCAGCUCUUGCCUGAACAAUCUGUGUGCAUAUUUUAAAGGUCACUUAUCAAGUCGCAUGACGGGUGAAGAUAAUACAUGGCAAAAGACAUGGAAUCAGGCCCAGCCGAAACCUGCUUGUCGUCAGAAGAUGCUAUUUGAUGAUCUGAAAGCGGCAAAUAAGAUUAUUAGUGAUUUCGAAAAUCUCACGGUGUCCAAGUUGAUUUUUUAUAUCUUACCGGUUUUGUUCAAAUGUGCAUCCAUACAGUUAGUGGAUGAAUCAAAAUUGUAUUUUGCGCUUGUUGGAGACAAAUUACUCAGCCUUUGCAAAAAAAUUUCGGAUUGUACGAGGUGCAAUGAUUUGGAAGAUUACUUAGAUGCUGUCAAGGAUAUGACUCGAGUUGAGGGAAUGGUUGCUUGCUGCAAUGUACUUUAUACACAGUUAGUUUCUGCGACUGAUAAAGAGUUAACUGAAGAUGAGAAAUGUGAAAUACGACAAUUUGUAAUGCUGCUUAUACGAUCAGACGAGCAAAACUGCAGAAAUGUUGCUAAUGGUGGAAAAGCUGGUGCCGGCUAUCGAGUACCCAUUGUUCGAGAUUUAUAUGGACCUGUCGGUUCAGCCCUAAAAAACCUUUUUUUUGGUUCUUCUGUAAAAAAUUUCUCAAAUAGGACCGAAAAAAGAACCCUUGAGCAAAUCCUCACCGGCGACGAAGACAUGCCAUAUCGCAGGAGGCAAUACGUCAUGCGAUGUGGUGCUCGUAGACCUACGCUUGGUUCACGAACAUUACCACAAAGAUUUCGAAGGUGCUGUGAUAAAAUUGGUAUCAAUGCUGAACUGGUAUUAGGAACUGAAGAAAUGCGGAUAAGGUUGAAGAUUUACACGUUAUAA